ACCAACAGCCUUGGCUUGGGGGCAAGCAUAAUGAGGGAAAUGCCUUGCUUCUGCCUGAUUCUGUCUUUCUUAUGGGAACAGAUGGUAAAGGCUUACAAAUAUAUGAGUGGUAUUUUCUUGGUGACUCAUCCGUCAAACCAGCCAGCCUCAGAUUGUUCCGGGCAGCCGACCAAGAUGGACGUAAGUUUACUCGAAGAGCAGUACGGCUGCCUAAAACAGAAGCAAAAACUGCAGACGCAUAUUAUUGUGUUUAAAACAGGUGAGCGUGAGACAGUUCCUGAGGGACCUGUGGUCAGCACCGUUCUAGUAAACAAAAAGACGAGGAAAGCCAAAGCAUUUAAAGAACACAUUCCCAUCAGAGCGGUCAGCCUCGGAUUGCCCUGCAGUGGAAACAUACAAGAGAGUUCACCCUGGCGUAUCCAUCUGGGCAUCCACCGUCUUGUAGAAGGAGAGCACGGCAAAGCUCCUUGGGACAGACAGGUUCACACUAACAGUGAAACAACGUUGCAGGAGGAAAGCACAACCUCAAGUGAAGAAUUAUUAACAGGAAGUGAACAAUCCGUUGAGUCGGUCAGCAAAGAGGGAAACUCAAGCCCUGCUGAAAAGAGCGAGAGUUCCAAUCCCACCGGGUGCACAGAUGCUCCUGUGGCAUCAGUUACUUCACCAGUGUGGACACACUCAGAAAUCUCAAUCUCCAAACUGGCCCCAGCAACAUCCAGUAAGCUAACCUACUACCCUUUCCCGCAGAAAAAAACUCCCAGGAUUUCUGAAGCUGCAAGAAGACUUGGAUUAUACGUUUCGCAGUGA